AUGCUAGACUCUUAUCGCGUAGGCAAUGCUGGAGCCAUCAAACUCAUUGGUACUCCUCAUGACCAUGAUGUUCUUAGUGGCCGAGGAGGAGCCAUCAAUGCCCACAGUGGCAACCAACGCUUCCGAGAAUGGGUCCGAGUGAGGAAGGAACGCUACAAUCUCGCUCGGACAAAGGCAGAAAAGGCAUCCGUUGCCAAUGAGGUAAUGGACCUGGUAAAGUCGCUGAACCCACCAGGCCGUUUCCUGCAGAGAGACCAGUCAUCCGUCAUGGGUGGAACUGCAUGGUGGGUCGAAUGCGACGAAGUCAAAGCCAUGGCCAAAACUUCUCAAGCACUUCGAGAAGGAGCACCCACCAUUCGAGCGGCACACAAAGAUGAACUACAAGAUGCCAAGAAGAGAACACGAAGGAACAAUAAGAAGAAUACAAACCACACAACAGCACACCCGACUACUGCUGUGGGCAGUAAGCGCAGCCACCAAACCAUGCAACAAAGCCAGCCACCAGUGGUUGUCCUAUCGUUGCCCACAACUGCUGCGUCCGUGUCUCCCCCUCCUGUCACGCUGUCCGUGUCACCAAACACAGCCAUUGAACAGCUAAGGGCCAAUGUAGAGGCCGCCAGGCAUGACAACAGCAACAAUACGCCUCCAACAACAAUGUCUUACAUCCCAGCACUGGCAUCUCCUCCGGCUGUUCCUCUGCCUGGGUCCUCUCCCUUCAUUGUUCCUCCCAUCAAGCGAUCGCGCCUUUCGGAGAUGCUCUACCUUCCCCCUUCCGAGCAGCCACCCCAACCGCACAUUGUCAAGCCAGAUGACACUCCAGAGAUUGCUCCCCUCCCAUCCCCUCUUCCACUCAGUGCUAUCCCUGACCUAGAGUUUGUCGAACGCUUCCCCAUGCCAGCAAUCCCCAAACGCGAGUGCAGCAUUCGCCGGACUAAUUCGCUUGCCCUCAGUGAUAUUGGCAGUGGUGAUAGCUGGGGUGAGAUUGAAUUCGUCAAUCCAUUUGAAGGAGAUGACUCCAGCUUGCCUCCAUUUUCGCCUUUCCCAGAGCGGGGUGGCUGUGGAAGCGGAAGGAGCAGCUUUGGCGAAACCAAGUCGGUAACAUCCGAGCUCUCUGACUUGGCCGAUGCCAACUGUCUUGCACCUGCAAGUGCCAUGGCGGACAGUGAAUUUGGAGAAGCCAUGAAGGAUGUCAUUGAUGCCGUUCACCCCGGUUUGGCAUCGCCUGGAACCGAUGAACCCAUUCCAACUCAUCUAUACCCCUACACUCCUCGCACUGGAGUCAACGGUAGCAGCAACCCUCAACUCAUUUGCUAA